UUUAGUACACUGCCCCGUAAAGACAUCCCGUCGUGUGUCGUGUGCGAACGUAUCCGUGUUUUGAAUCCGCAUUUGCGCGAUUCAAUUUAGUGUGUAGCCACACACACCCACCUCCACCCCAAAUACACCGUUGAAUCGGUUUGACAAACCCGACGUUUCAUUGUACCCGUGUGUCUCAGCCGCGGCCACACCUCCAGAAAUAAUACCGUCUGCCGAAGAGUGCAUAAUUUCUGCGAUCGAUUACCGUGGGUCAGUUCCAGAGUUCGGUAGCAAGCAAGUAGGAAGCAUCCUCAGCUCCGUGCCGUGUGCGUUCCGUGUGUGUCAAAAGUCAAUCGCCUCGACCGCAGACCGACGACGUUCGACUGCCGCCCACUAUCUAUCUGGCUAGGAUUUUUCGCCGCAAAAUCGAAAUUCGAUUUUGGAUGUUCAACCUUCCAGAGGAGGAACACUGCUGUUGAACCCGUUCGUUCGCUCGUUCGCGUUGGGUUCUGUGUUGUGGGAAGUGAAAAUCGAUUUCUCGUCGGUUCCGGAAUUGCGCCUAUAAACAAGUGUCUAGGGUGAUUGUGAUUGUGAAACUUCGAGUUUCUAUGGAAAAUUCUGUGUGCUGAAGAAGAAAGUCGGAAAAAAUUUGUGGUUUACUGAUGCGGGUGAUUUAGGAAGUGCUGAAAAAUUUUCCAUUCGAGAGAGAAGAUCAGUCAGUGUGAAAGAAGCUUACCUGAGUGGGAUCUUCAUCCCGAGAAGCGAAGAAAAAGGAGUUGAAAAAUAUUUCUGCAGUGUUUAGAGUAACUAGACGUCGCCGUCGUCGUUGAGCCUUUGUUGAUGUGUCUGCAUUGUUGGUGAAUUGUGUCAGAGGAGUGUAGAGUGUAAGCCAGGCGGAGCAGAGCGUACCCACUGGUCGCCAAACCAAGCAGUCGACACCCCGACGAGUUUAUCAGCAAGAAAACAGUUCACUUAUUUACACGUAGAACAAAGUACAACUCUUAGUGUUACUUUAAGCAAUAGAAGCAGUACGUAGAGUUAGAUUUUGAAGCAAAAAAUCAACCGGAGCUUAUCAAAUUGUCCCCAGUGAAACAUCAGCUGCUGAUACAGCAACAUCCAAGCAAAUUCACAAUGAUUGAUCUCGUUUAGGAAAACAAAUCCAGUUCUACUGAUAUUUAUAGGAUAUAGAUUGAUCAGUUGGAAGAGCAAGGCCAAGUAGCGGUCGUGUAUUCAGCAGAAAAUAAAAAUCUAGGAAACUAAUUCUUCGCUGACAUCAAACACCGAAACAAACAAACACUCACACAAAGACACAUUCAAAAUGGUAGACUACUACAAAGUGUUAGAAGUUCCCCGGAACGCCACAGAGGCAGAAAUCAAAAAAGCAUAUAAAAAACUAGCGCUACGAUGGCACCCGGACAAAAAUCCCGAUAAUCCAGAGGAAUCGAACAGACGUUUCAAGGAGAUCUCAGAGUCGUACGAAGUUCUAUCAGAUGCCUACAAACGACACAUUUACGACGCCCGAAGCUCACGGAAGAGUGCCACCGGCGGCGAGCGUUACGCCACGAGCGGCGGUGGCAUGCGUGACAGCAGCAAUUACACUGCUUACAACAAUCGUGACUACAGCAGUGGCAAGUACGGUGGCCACUUCGACCAUUGGUCCUACGGACGGUACGGCAGCGGUGGGACACGGUCCCACGGGAACAGUGGGACCGGGGGUCGCGAGAACAGCCGUACGUUUUCGUUUCGAGGAUUUUUCGAGACGACGCCGUUUUUCCGCUUCUUUGAGAAAAAACGUCGCAUCUAUGACCAGUACGGCAAGGAAGGUUUGAUAAACAAUGGGGCCGAUCGCUACCACCAGAGCAGCCGACACCGGCGGCACAACGGCGGAGGCAUCCACGACGAAUUCGACAUUUUCGGAGGAUUCCCGUUCACAUUCCGCGAUCCGGAAGAGGUGUUCCGCGAGUUCUUCGGUGGCUCGCCGUUUGAGGAGAUUUUCAGGGUGACGUCGCACCACCACAACGGACGCCGGGCGAAUGGUGCCGGCAAUGGUCAGCGACACUCCCACCCGCAGAAUGUGAUCAGCUCGCCCUUCAUGUCCCCGUUCAUGAGCUUUAACCUGAUGGACGACUUAUUCAACGGGGACCCGAUGGGACACCGGGGCGGCGGCGGCGGCGGUUUCACCUCUAUAUCCGAGUUCAGCGUCGGUAGCGGACCGGUGAAACGAACGUCCACCUCGACCACCUUCGUCAAUGGCAAGAAGCUAAUGACCAAAAAGGUUUACGAGAACGGCACUGAGACGAUAAUGUCCUACGAGAACGAUGUACUGAAGUCAAAGACUGUAAACGGAGUCGCUCAAGCUAUAUCCAGUUAUAACCACUAGGAACACAGCGCAGCUCUAGCUACCACUGCAAAUUACUAUAACUACUACUACUACUACUAGCACUACCUAUUACAUCAAUUUUGUUCGUGUAGGAGAGAGUCACGCAGCCGAGGUCGAGCGGAGAGAAAGAACGCAUAGCAUUAAUUAUAAACCUUAUACAAACUAGUAGAUACUGGUGAUUUACUACCUUACAACGUGUACUGCUGUAGAAUUAUCGCGGAUCGUUGAUUUUUUUAAAAAUAAUUUGUGUAUAGUUUGAUCAAUUUGGACUAAACGACCCCAAAAGUCUGCCAUGAUACCAAAUUUGCAGCAGCAGAUGUUUGUGACAUAACUGCUAGACGAUUGCCCACAAACGCAUAAACAAUUCGCACUCACAAAAUACACUCACGUCGUGAAAAAAACACUAGCAACACAUUCACACAACAAUUCACUCACUGCAACAUCAUACACAUAAACAAUCGAACUGAGCAAAAUUAAAUUGCUUAUUAAUCAUUUGAACUCUGUAAUAUACUUGUGAAAGAAGCUUACUGAAA